CUCCCUCCACGAUGCUACUCCCAAACGGCACCGUGUUGCUACGUGAGGCGACUCUCUUUCUUCUUCAUGGCCUCCCACUCUCCCCUCGGCUUCACUCUGUCCCCUCGCUCUCCCUCCCUCUCCCUCUCUACAGCGAAGCUUGGACUUCCCUUUGGCCGCAACAUUGUUGUGAUUUCUGGUUCUACUUUACCUUGAUUUGGAAGGAAUGCGCUAUGAACUCUAGGAAACCCAGUCUGGCGCGAACGCCUUUCUCGGACGCCUGCAAGAUAGUCUGUUCGCUCGCGGAAGGUUGCGUCGUGUCUAUCGCAGUAGAGUAGAAACUGUUCCGAUGUGCCCAUAUUAAGGCGACACGCGGAGAAAUCAACAAGGCGCUCGAUGUGGCUGGUGAGAACUGAUGUUCAAGCGUCGAGUUGAGGGAUCGCCCCGGUGCGAAUUUGUGCUAGUAAAGGCAGCAUGCUGGGUGAGGAUCUUUGGACUGAUGGACUCAUCUGUGCUUUCGAGUUUAUACGGGGCAGAAGGAGAAUGAGCCAUUUCCCAUCCAGUUCGAAGUUGCAGACGGCGUCGCAAGCCGGGAGGCAGAUGGCAGAGAAGCGCGAGUCUAGAUGUCGACCGGAUGUUGUUGCAUUCCGCGGCCAGGAUGACGGCAAUAAUGCCAGGUCCUUUCCGGUGAGCAGAAAUGAUAUGCUAAGUGACCUUGAAUCGGGCCAUUGCCAUGCUUUAGAAGAAUUUCGAGGGAGUCAUUGGGUGCCGAUUGGCUGGGUUAGAAUACAUGAACUCGUCCAGACCGUGCAAGCUGAUUCUGGCUGGGUAUCACAGCCCCUUGACUUUGGGGAUAACGAAGAUGAUGUCACGGUUGCGGACAUGGCAACCCCAUACUGGGAGAGGCCGGUGGGCCCCACCUGGUGGUGCCAUGUAGUCGCAGACCACCCAUUCGUCAAAUCAUGGUUGAGCAAUGCGCAGUGGCUACAUCCCGCCAUAAGUACUGCUCUGCCCGAUGAAAGUAGGCUGAUAAGUGAACGAAUGAGGCACCUUCUCUAUGAGGUUCCAGUUAGAGUUGCUGGUGGCCUUCUAUUUGAGCUGUUGGGGCAGUCGGCUGGUGAUCCAUGCACUGAUGAAGAUGACAUUCCCAUUGUUUUGCGAUCAUGGCAGGCUCAAAAUUUUUUAAUUACGUCACUGCACAUCAAAGGGUCUGCCUCCAUUAUUAACAUCUUGGGUAUUUCGGAGGUUCAGGAACUGCUUGCUGCUGGAGGUUCUAACAUUCCACAUAGCAUCCACGAGGUUGUGGCACAUCUUGCCUGUCGCCUAGCACGGUGGGAUGACAGAUUAUUCCGCAAAAACAUCUUCGGUGCAGCUGAUGAAAUGGAAUUGAUGUUUAUGAACAGGAGAACCCUUGAAGACAUGCAUUUAUUUACCAUAAUUUUAAAUCAAGAGAUCCAAAGGUUAUCAACCCAGGUUAUUAGAGUGAAAUGGUCACUUCAUGCGAGAGAGGAAAUAGUAUUUGAGCUUCUUCUACACUUGAGAGGGAAUGCUGCAAUGGCCUUGCUAGAAAGCAUACGAAAGAGCACGAGGGAAAUGAUUGAAGAACAAGAAGCAGUCCGUGGUCGGCUAUUUACUAUUCAGGAUGUCAUGCAGAGUACAGUUCGUGCAUGGUUACAGGAUAAGAGCCUCACUGUCACACACAAUUUAGGAGUUUUUGGAGGUUGUGGCCUUGUCCUAUCUAUCAUCACUGGACUUUUUGGAAUCAAUGUAGAUGGAAUUCCAGGAUCAGAUGAGUCGCCUUAUGCAUUUGGUCUAUUUUCUUGCUUCCUUCUCUUUCUGGGAGCUGCACUGAUUGCAAUCGGUCUCCUUUACCUUGGCUUAAAGAAGCCCAUUGUUGAAGAGGAUGUUGAGGUUAGAAAGUUGGAGCUUCAGGAGCUAGUUCGAAUGUUUCAGCAUGAAGCAGAAUCUCAUGCCCAAGUUCGCACAAAUAUUACCAGAAAGAAUGUACCUCCUACUGGUGCAGAUCUGCUCCCAAAUGUUGCGGGUUAUACUCUCCUCAGCUGAAAACACAACACCAAAGUAUGCCCAAUAUACCGAUAAUCUAUUGCUGAUCUAUCAGUUGCCAAAUAUAUUCAUACAAUUAAUAGUGCUAAUUUUUAGCAAUCAACUAAAUCUCUGCUCUGAAGUUUGUUCUCAGUUGAACAUGAUCAUCACAUGUCAAAGGUCACUUUUGCUUAUACGAAAUCAGCAUUAGCUCUGUGGCCUCUAGCAUUCUUAGGUGCAUAAAGUUUGUUUUUAUGAGGAGGAUCAAUCUAUUCUUCUGCACAUACUGACUUAUACUCCUUAAGUCAGAAUCCAAUGCAGGAUUGCAGGGUUAAACUGUUAGGAGUAUGUUACAGUACAAUUCUUCAAUCCCAGCAAUUGAACCUGUGAACUUUCUCUAUGCUGUUACGACCAUUUCCUUGGUUGCGCAGAAAUUUUUUACAAAGUGAUCAUUCUUGACACUUCCAAGUGAAAUAUAGAUGUCUGGUGCACCAUGGCUUCAUCAUCUUGCUUGUGGUGCUAAGCAAACCAGCUUUUAAAACAGCUUACGAAGAAUCCGAUGAUUUUACUCCAAAUUGAUCAUUCCCUUCCAAUAAUAUUUCACCUUCCGCUCA